AUGGCCACCUGCUCGUCGCCACAAUGCGGCAAGGACUCCGAGUCUGCGUUGAAAUGCCCCGUGUGCUUGAAAAACGGCAUUUCGUCUGUGUUCUGCAACCAGACGUGUUUUAGAGGAGGCUGGGCCAUGCACAAGGCCGUGCACCCAGCAGAGGACAACAAGAAGUUCGACCCGUUCCCCAACUUCAAGUACACAGGGGAUUUGAGGGCGUCAUAUCCGCUCAGUUCUCGACGUGCCGUGCCCCAGCACAUCAAGAAACCGGACUAUGCACAGGACGGAAGGCCCUUGAGUGAAAUCAAAAACGACCGUCUCGGCAAGAUCACCAUCUUGACGGAGUCGGAGAUCAAGAAGAUGCGCAAGGUCGGGCUUAUUUCGCGCCAGAUCUUGGACAAGGUGGCGUCGCACAUUGCGCCCGGCAUCACCACGGACGAGCUCGAUGCCAUCUUGCACAAGGAGUGCUUGCACCACAACGCAUAUCCCUCGCCCCUCAACUACUACAACUUCCCCAAGUCCAUGUGCACGUCGCUCAACGAGGUCAUUUGCCACGGCGUGCCGGACAAGACCGUGUUGCAGGACGGCGAUAUCCUCAACUUGGAUGUGACCAUCUACUUGCACGGCUUCCACUCGGACUUGAACGAAACCUACUAC